GCCGGCGCGUCUGGAUGGAAUCGGUCUGUGAUGUGGGGAAAUAUUUCGUGUGAAUGAGGUGAUUCUAUGAAAUGGAGUGGACUUUAUCACCGAGAUAGCAUAGAAGUCAUCAAAGGAUGGAGGUUUCCGCUCCUUGCGGCGUCAAGCAGGAGCCGCGGGCCGAUGAUGACGAAAUCAACCAGCUGGCUGCUCGGAUGGUGGAGCAGCACCGACAGAAGGCGGCGCAGCAGCAGCUGCAGCAACAGCAGCUGCAGGCGCAACGGCCCCAGCUGCAGGCGCAGCGCCAACGCCUUUCCGGGCAGGCCAACAUCACCAGCUACUUCGCGGGUCCGGGCGGGCAGAAGAGGGCCAGCCCGGAGCCAUCGCCGGAAGUCCUAGAUACGGACAGCGUGCGGCUGAGGUUCGGCUGGUCCGAGGUCGGCGGUGUGCCUCUGCCCUGCCUGUUCCGCAAGGGCGAGCGCUACUGUCCGGUCCGCGCCGUGGAGAAGAUGAUCCUCAGCUCCUACCUGCAGAAACUUCCCAUGGACGUGUGCAACUGCACCUCAAUCAAAAGCUAUUUUGUGACAGAGAACGAGGCGAAAUUGCUGAAUGAGAUCAACUACCGACACUGUGACUAUCACUAUGGGCGUGAGGCGUUCACGCCCAAAGAUUGUAUCGUGCUAGUGGACGAUGCCAAACAGUUUGCGGAUUUCCUAGCGCUGUGCGAGCGAAAGAUGGUGAACAUGCAGAGCAAACCGGACGACCGGUGCGGUUUCUUGCGGAUAAACGGUGAGUCGGUAGUGCCCUUCACUAUAAAGCGGAUAAAAGUGAACAGUGAAAAGCGUGAUGUGCGUUUCGUGCCACUCUUCUACUUCGAGGGCGAGACGGAGCACCUGAAGCACAAGGCCGAGCAGCUGACCGGCUGGGACCUGGCUUACCUGAAGCUAUGCUGCAAGGUGCAAGGCAUCCGCAGCGAGCUCUUCCAGAGCGACACCUGCGACGUGGUGAGCCUGGAUGACGUGAAGCGCCACUUCCCCAGCGGCACCCAGUUCCAGACGUGGUGGCCUAUCAAGCGAUUCGAGUUCAAGCUGACCAACCAGCCGAAGCCGAGCUUCUGGGAAUGCCAGCCGCCGCCGAGCAGCAGCCAGGUGACGCCGGUGUCGGCGGCGGUCGGCCGCACGUCGACCGCUCGCCAGCCGGCCAGCACGCCGGCCGUGAACGGCACCGCUGCCGCCCACCUGUCGUCCCGCUCGCAGGCGGUGCAGUGGGUCACAAACCGACUCAACGCCGGCAUGCUGCAGCAACAGCAACACCAGCAACAGCAACACCAGCAGCAGCAACAGCAGCAACAGCAUCAGCAGCAGCAACGGCAACAGCGGCAACAGAAUCUGCAGCAGCUGCAGCAAUUGCAACAGCAAUUGCAGGAUCAGCAUCGCACAGCCGCGGCGGCGGUGGCGACAACACCGGCCACAUACGCCCAGCUUUUGCUUACCAACGGGGUGCCCAUCACGUCGGUGCUGACGGCGGUGAACGGGCAGCUCCGCCAGUCGCCGCUGGCGCGGGCCGUGGCCGGCUCGCAGAGGUGAGUGGACGGCCGUGCG